GCAUCUUAAGAAAAUAGAUUUUUCCUAAAGGAAAACAAAAUGGCAUUCAAGAAAAGGGCCACACAAAGUUGCAUAAUAAUUGCUGUUGCCAUCUGGACGUUAACACAGAUGUCAGCGACCAAGGAAAGAGCUAUAACCAAGAAAAAAAAUCCAGAAAACCGGACUUGGUCAGAGUUAAGCGCAGUUAUUACAAAUGCCAAAGAAGUUGUUUCUGGCAUUCAAAUAAAUGAAGAAUUAGACGGAAACGUACUUAAAAUCGAUGAAGGCGUAGAUAAUGUACAAACGGGUGAAGGUAACAAACUUGAUGGGGAAACAGAAAAUCAAGUAAAUGAAGAAGAUGAAGGCGUAGAAGAGGAAGUAGAUGAUAAAGACCCAGAUGAAGAAGUAGAUUCACGUACAGAAGUGGGUCUCGAGGAUCUUGGUCUAAAGCUGCGCAACUAUAGUCUCCCAGGGUGUCACUGCGCCAGGUAAGUUUUGUGCCCAG